AUAUAAAGAGGAUUGGCUCGCGCUCUCUGUUCAGUUCGCUUGUAGUGUCCGACGUACGCAGAAUUGUGAUUGCUAUUAAAAUGAAGGCAGCUACUUUGUUUGUUUUCGCGUUGGUGCUGGUGGCAGUAUCCUGCCGUCCCGACAAGCCAGACUUGAAGCAAUUAAAGGCAGAAGCCGCUCGCAAGAAGGCCUGCAUGCACGACUGCACCUCACAGAAGUUGGAGCCCAUCUGCGCCGGCAAACAGGGAGAGAAACCCAAGUCCUUCGGUAACGAGUGCGUCAUGAACAACUACAACUGCGAGCAUAAAGAAACGCUUUCCAAGAUCAGCAAAGGAGAGUGUCCCGGCUCUGAUGGCAUCCGUCUCUCUUAAACACGCAAAAGAGAAAAAGCCCUUUAAUUUGUUAAAAGAUUUUAUAACUGUAUUUUAUAUAAGAAAACUUAUUUGAUCCUUGCUUGUCGACUAACAUCAAAGAAGCUGUGAUUAAUGUAGAAUUUUAGAUCGGAUUGUACCCGUAUAUCUUUAUUUUUAAUUUCAUUCGUGCAUUAAAUGAUUAAGUCACAAUAAUUUUC